AUGACGAAGGACAUCCUGAAGCGUAUUUCGGCGUUGGAGGCAGCUUCGGGAUGUGAGCGUGGUGAAUCCAGCGGCAGUCAGGGUCCGGCUCAAGGGGUGGAAGAAGAGCCUGCGCCUGAGGCUGAACAGGAGGCGGCGGCGGAUGGUGGCCAAGUGGCCAUAGCGGUGGAGCCAGUGCUGCAGGAGGGUGCGGCGCCUGGCCCUUUGAAACGCAGGAUCGUGAUUUGUGGACACAGCAUGGUGUUCUGGGCCGCUCACCAAGCCAGACGGACUCCGAUUGGAUCCCAGCUGGGGCUCAGUGCUGUGGCCACGGUCGAGUGGCUGGGACGGCGUGGCCUUCGGUGGCCUGCCUUGUUGCCACUCCUUUUUAGGGGGCGGAAGGGUCCGCCCCCGCAUAUCUUGGUCUUACACCUGGGCGGUAAUGACCUUGGUUUGGUGCAGGGUAAGGCCCUGUCACUGCAGGCAACUGUGGACCUCCGUGAAAUAAGUCGUCGGUGGCCGGGCGUGCUUAUUUUCUGGUCCGAAAUGUUGCAGCGCCGGGUGUGGCGUGAGGCUUCUGACCCGCGGGCUAUUGAAGGUGCUCGGCGUAAAGCCAACCGGGCCAUGAAAAAACCUUUGGGGGAAGGCCUGGGGAUCUAUUUACCGCACCCUAGGAUUAAGGCCGAAUUUGCCCAUCUCUACCGGGAUGAUGGCGUGCAUUUAUCGCCGGAGGGCAAUGAGAUUUUUCUGGACGACCUACGAUUGUGGGAGGAGCCCCAUCAGGCACCCAGCCAUGGCCAGGCCACUUCCAUGUGGGAGUGUGGCAGGCGCCCUGUCAUGGAGGUCCUGUCGGCUGCACUGGGCGAGAGCGGCGGCCAGGUUCCAGCUGGAGUAGGCCCCAUAAUGGAGCAAGCGUCUAGGCAGAAGCCUCUAGGGGCCACUGGGUAA